AACAUCUUUUUAUUAAUAUCUUUUCAACCCUCGGUUCAGUGUCUUUCGAGUGUCAACCCCAUAAACCCUUAUGCUAGGGUUAGGGUUUUAGUUUCCUCCGUUUCUCCAGUGUUUGAUUUCCUGGCUCCAGCAACUGAAAAAAGUAUUUUGUUGUCUUUGUUGAUAUAAUCCGGAUCUAAUGGAUACCCGAAAGAGAGCAACGCCUGAAGCUUCCUUCAAUGCUAAUGGCGCCCUCAAGAAAUCCAAGCAUGAAAUGGACAACUUAUCUGGUGUAGGAAGCAAAUCGAAGCCAUGCACCAAGUUUUACAGCACUGCUGGCUGUCCAUUUGGUGAGAGCUGCCAUUUUCUACACCACUUUCCUGGUGGAUACAAUGCUGUAGCCCAGAUGAUGAAUCUAGCACCAGCUGUCCCCCCGCCAUCCCGAAACAUGGCUGCAGCACUACCCUCUAAUGGCUCUGCUUUUAAAUCUCGCUUGUGCAACAAGUUCAAUUCUGCUGAAGGUUGCAAGUUUGGUGACAAAUGCCAUUUUGCACAUGGUGACUGGGAACUUGGCAAGCCUAUUGCUCCAUCCCAUGAAGAUCCCCAUGGCAUGGUACCUCUUCCAGGUCGUAUGGGCCGCCGGAUGGAGUCACCUGCUCCAGGAGCAGCUGCUAGUUUUGGUGCCUUAGCCACUGCAAAAAUCAGUGUGGAUGCUUCCCUUGCCGGUGCCAUUAUUGGGAAGGGUGGUAGGAAUUCUAAGCAGAUAUGUCGUGAAACAGGGGCCAAGCUUUCCAUCCGAGAUCAUGAAACAGAUCCCAAUCUCAAAAACAUCGAGCUUGAAGGCUCUUUCGAGCAGAUUAAGCAAGCCAGUGCUAUGGUAAGAGAGCUAAUCACCAACAUAGGUCCUGUCAACUUGAAAAACCCUGGAGGUCAAGGAGCUGGGCUGCAUACAAGUAACAAUUUUAAGACAAAGCUGUGUGGCAACUUUGCCAAGGGAUCUUGCACCUUUGGGGAAAGAUGUCACUUUGCUCAUGGGGCUGCCGAGUUGCGGAAAUCAGUUCUGUGAGGAUUCGGUUUCCAAAUUUUGCCGGUAGACAGACUGUGCAGUCAUGUAUUAGAGAGAGAGAGAGAGAGAGCUGUAUCUUCUGUUGCUUUUGCGGUGCAACUUAGCUUAAACUGUUGAUAAAGAUCAUUGUAUCAGAAUUUUUGCCCUUCUCUAGUUGCAGUUUCAAAUUAUUAUAGCCUCAGUAGUCUUGAGUCCAUUCCUGGAA